GCGGGCCCUGCCGCGGAUGCGGGCGUCCGAGAGGGCACGCAGGAUGCUGGGGCUCUGGGAGGCGGGGGGCUCCCAGGGCCAGGCCAGGGUCGGAGGUUGGAGCUGGCGACCAGGUUCUGGGUGAGCAGGAGGGAGCCCAAGUGUCCGGAUGCUGAGAGAUGUCAGUCGGGUGACCCGGCCGGGGGUGAGCAUUCCUGCAGGGACCCGAGACCUUGGAAGGACGGAUGGUCAUCUGAGGUUGGGCCGGCAGGAGACGUCUGGAGCAGGGACCCAGACGUCUGAGAAGGAGGCGGUGUCUGAUUUAGGGAUCCAGGCACCCAGACAGGUGGCGGAGUCAGGCCCAAGAUCCAGGUGUCGGGGCAGAAGGAGGGAUCUGACCUGGGAAAGUGGCUUCCAGCAGGGGGUGUCUGUUCCGGGGGCCUAGUGGUUCAGGCAGGAAGAGGGUCUGACCGGGGACUGAAGUCCCGGCUGGAAGGGGGAGGGAGGCUGACUUCCCAGGUGUAGCUACUCCAGGAGUCUGGGGUUGGGGCUGGCUGGAGCUUCUCUCUCAUUCCCUGGGGGCGGAGCCUGGAGCUGGCAGUACUGACAGUCGUGAGGGGUCUGGCGAGCCUCAGAAACGGAGCGUCAUCCUCCCCGGUGGGGAGGGAGCAGAGCUGCCCUCACAUUCAAGAUGUGUUCCCCUCCCCCCCCCAAUUUGUGGUCCUUUCCGGGACCUGUGGGCCCCUAUCCGAUCCAGGUGGCCUCAUCUGGUUCUCUGUUCACACACGUGGGAGAGAGAGCUGGCAAAAGAGGCCUGCAGGACCCAGGAAGUAAGAAGGGAGGGUGAAGAGACCCAAGACAGGGACCCCCUCAGGAAACAAGACCCCUGCUUAGAGGCCUGGGGGCAUUGGAGAAGACAAAGAUGUCCUGGAGGAAGCCAAGGGCAUGAAUGGGAUGAGAACCCUGCCAUGCUGAGGAGAAACUCCCACCAGGUAUCCUGAGGGGCACCACAUUCCCUCCAGGCCCCUGCACCCAGCCCCCAACCCCACCUUCCUCUCACAGGGCCUUUCUCCUGCAGGUGCCAUGAUGUGGGGUGCAGGCAGCCCCCUGGCCUGGCUCUCAGCUGGCCCAGGCAAUGUGAGUGUGAGCAGCGUGGGCUCAGCGGAGGGGCCCACAAACCCAGGCACACCUCUGCCAUCACCCAAGGCCUGGGAUGUGGUACUGUGCAUCUCGGGAACCCUGGUGUCCUGCGAGAAUGCGCUGGUGGUGGCCAUCAUUGUGGGCACUCCCGCUUUCCGUGCCCCGAUGUUCCUGCUGGUGGGCAGCCUGGCUGUGGCAGACCUCUUGGCAGGCCUGGGCCUUGUCCUACACUUUGCAGCUGUCUUCUGCAUCGGCUCGGUGGAGAUGAGCCUGGUGCUGGUUGGCAUGCUGGCAAUGGCCUUCACUGCCAGCAUUGGCAGCCUACUGGCCAUCACUGUCGACCGCUACCUAUCUCUUUACAAUGCCCUCACCUACUACUCGGAGACGACGGUGACGCGGACCUAUGUGAUGUUGGCCCUAGUGUGGGGGGGCGCAGUGGGCCUGGGGCUACUACCCGUGCUGGCCUGGAACUGCCUGGGUGCCCCAGCCACGUGUGGCGUGGUACGUCCACUCUCCAAGAACCAUCUGGUGGUCUUGGCUGUAGCCUUCUUCAUGGUGUUUGGGGUCAUGCUGCAGCUCUAUGCCCAGAUCUGCCGCAUUGUCUGCCGCCACGCCCAGCAGAUUGCCCUCCAGCGGCACCUGCUGCCUGCUUCCCACUAUGUGGCCACUCGCAAGGGCAUCGCCACACUGGCCGUGGUGCUUGGUGCCUUUGCUGCCUGCUGGCUGCCCUUCACUGUCUACUGCCUGCUGGGUGAUGCCCACUCACCGCCCCUCUACACCUAUCUCACCUUGCUCCCCGCCACCUACAACUCCAUGAUCAACCCCAUCAUCUACGCCUUCCGCAACCAGGACGUGCAGAAGGUGCUGUGGGCCAUCUGCUGCUGCUGUUCCUCUUCCAAGAUGCCCUUCCGAUCUCGCUCCCCCAGUGAUGUGUAGUUGCAUCCUGGUGACCCUUCAGCCCUGAUUGCUACAGGAUUCCAGAAUGUUAGGUCCUCCAGGGCUUUGUUCCAAACCCCCAACUCCACACCCCCAAGACCCAGCUGGUUCUGGAGUUCUAGGACAUUGGGUGUUUCCAGAUUCUGUUCGGAUCCCUGUGGGGCCCAGCAGGUGCCAUGGUUCUGGAACGUUCGGGUGGUCAGGGUUCCACUCAGAAGCCCCAAAGCUCAGCUGGCUUGGAGAUCCAGAAUUCUGGGUGUUUUACAGUGCCAUUCCAAGUUCCUGAUCCUCCCCCCCAUCUUGACCUUGACCAUGUCACUUUACUUUUGAGAUUCUGAGCUUGAGAGUCAGAGAGGUUAGUCACUUUGUUGUCUAGAUAAGAGAAAGAUGUAUAUAUAUGUGCACAGAAAGUAUUUAUUUACGACUUAUUUAUUGAUUUAUUUAUGGGUGGGAAGGGGAAAAAAGAGUCCACACUUUGAAAGCCAGGCUAUACCAGGGUACCCCCAGUUCCCACACCCCCAUUUUCUGACCUCAGUUCCUAAACGGGGGAAAGGGAGAAAGAGAAACCACGUAUUUUGUUAUUAUUUUUGCUUAUUUUUUACCGAAGAGAUCAUAGAAACCAGAGCCUUCUCCCCGGGCCCGCCCCCUCGGGUUUGCAGGGGAACACACCAGCCUCUGGUUUUUUAUUUUUUUAAGAAACCAUUACCUGAGCAACCGAGAAUUCCUCUGCUCUGGGGCCGGCUGCCCUCUGGUGGCCAUUUGAGGAAACUGCAGCCCGGCCAGGCAGCCAGGACUCUCAACUCCACUGCAGCCUGGCAUAGCCAUGGCCUGGGGGCCAGGCCUCACCCUGCGGUGCCCUAGAGGAGGCGGGUGCAAGCCAACACCGGGGCACGGCCCCCAGUGCAUUCCCCAUUCCUGUCCCAACCUAGCCCUCAAUAAAAGAUGAUUUUGUGAUAAAUUUGUUUCCAUAUGUGUCUGUGGAGGGGUGGAAUGCGGCCUGGUAGGGGAGAGGCUGGAAGGGAAGGGUUAGGCCAGAGCCGGGGCUGGAGGCCCGGGAUGGAGUGUGGCUGGCGGGUGACCCCUCCAGGAUGCCAAUUCCUGACAUGUUAGAGGCAUGCACUCUGAGGGGCUCAUACCUGAGCACGGCCUGACAAGUGUCCCACUACCCCUGGGAACAGAAAUCAGGGUGCUGGACCCUUCCUGGGAUGAGGGUGACCAUCUCUCGCCCACAGUAGCCAGUUUGGAGCUGACAGAACAAGAAAGCAAAGCUUCUGACACUCCAUCCUGCUGUGGAGGCUGCACCAAGCCUUGGAGUCCCACAGAGCAUGGCCCUGGUUACCCUGGGAACUUGGCAGGACGCUGCAUUUCUUUGAGACUCAGGUUCCUCAUGUUAAACGGGAGUAAUAGUUGUAGUUGUGGAUCCAGAUGUGAUGACAUAUGUCAAAGUGCUUUCACAUAGUAUAUGCCCAUUUAAAGCAUGCCAAUAUGUCAGUUCCCUUUAAUAAUAAAACAAACCACAGUUGCUGUCAAUUCCAACUCAUGACAACCCCAUGUGUUUCAAAGUAGAGCUGCGCUCUGUAGGGUUUUCAGUGGCUAUAAACUUUUGGAAGUAGAUCACCAGGCCCUUCUUUCAUGGUGCCACUGGAUGGGUUCAAACCGCCAACCUUUAGGUUAGUAGUCUAGCACGAACCAUUUGUGACACCCAGGGACCCUUUAAUUAUAAUAAACAAAAAACAAGCUGGCAACCCCAUGUGUAUGAAAUAGAACUGCACUCCAUGGAUUUUUAAGUCUGUGACCUUUUGGAAGCUGAUCUCCAAGCCUCUCUUCUGAGGCACAUCUGGGUGGGUUCAAAUCAUCAAUCUUUCAGUUAGUAGCUUAAUGCUUAACUGUACCCUCAGGGGCUUCUUAACAACAAUGUCAUUAUUAGGUGCUGAUGAGCCAGUUUCUGACUCAUAGCGACCCCAUGUGACAGAGUAGAACUGCUCUGCUGGUGUUCUUGGCUGUAAUUUUUACAGAAGCAGACCUUUCUCCCAUGGAGCUGCUGGGUGGGUUGGAACUGCUAACCUUUUGGUUAGCAGCUGACCACUUAAAAGUUGUGCCACCAGGGCAUGCACUCUGAACAUUUAUAGAGAAGUCUUGCCUCCCUCCUCAGAAUGGUGGCCUCUGAUGGCACGGCUGUGUGUCCCCCCGCAACUGAGGGUCCCCGAGGAAAGGGACAUGUUUCGUUCCUCAAACCGAAGGCCCCUGAAAGGAAAUCUGUUUCUCUUUCCUCAGAACUAGUGGCUCCUGAAUAGAAGAUGACGUCUCCCCUCUCAGACUGGGAACUCAUGAGAGCUGGGCUUUGUCUCCUCUCUCAGGCUGAGGGGCUCUGAGGGCAGGGUCGUUCAUGUCUUUUGCCUCAGAUUGAGGGUUCCCGAAGGCUAGACUGUGUCUCUCAC